UGAAGCUGAUCCUAACCUCCAAAAGGUUACGGUCAGCGAACGAACAAAGCUUUCACAACAGAAGAGAAGUGUCGCCCUGUGUUUGUGAGUGUCCCGGGCCAUUGCUGAAGUGAAUAAACCCCUCAUCUCUGUCUCACCCCUCACCUGGCACCCACUGAUCUCCACCCACAACCCCAAAUCCUUUGUCUCUGGACAUAAACCACCAGCAACGUUAAAGCGUAAUUGAAAUGUGAUUAAAACCAGAAUUUAAACCUCGACGAACAGUGUAUUCACGAAGAUUGUCAGAAUAUUCUGCAAAAAGUCAAUCGUCCUGGAUGUCACUACUUCAUCUGAUUAGCUGUCAUUUAUCCAAGAUCAUCAGAAAACUGCUCCUCCAGAAACGUCACAACAAAGUGUUCGGUCCCCAAGAUGUCCUCAGACGAAAUGAACCGGACAGCAGCAGUUCCCACAGAAGAGGCAGGUCAGUCAGUCUCCUCGACCUCUGCCCAGCCCCCGUCCAACGGUGAUGUAACAUCUCCAAGACCACCAGACCAGGCCAGUCGCCAGAACAAUCUCCAACGAAUUCAACAGCGCAAACAACAUGUCUUCAACUGGCCCCAGGUGAAGAAGCUCCUGAAACUGGCGAAUUACAGUGCCUGUCAGGUGGAGGACUGCAAGUGCAAUGGCUGGAAAAAUAGUCAGCAAGUGGUUAAGAGCCCGAAGAGUGAUCUCCAACCCGUCGCCAAUUUCUCUGAUCCCUGUAGAAGCUGCACGCACACCCUGGAGAGUCACAUAAGUCAUCUCCCGAAGCAGAACGACGAUGAAAUAAACAAACUCCUGGGGAUGGUCGUGGAUGUGGAUAAUAUCUUCAUGGGAAUGCAGAGGGAGGAGGACCCAGACACGAAGAAAGUUUACUACUACUUAUUCAAGCUGUUGAGGAAGUGCAUUCUAUCGAUGACGAAACCUGUUAUUGAGGGCCCACUGGGCCAGCCACCAUUCGAGAGGCCCAGCAUUGCCAAAGCAAUCACCAAUUUUGUUCUGUAUAAAUUUGGCCAUUUAACCCAGAGGGAGUGGCAGGCAAUGUACGAUCUGGCGAAGAUGUUUCUCCACUGCUUGAAUCACUGGAACUUUGAGACACCCAGCGCCAGAAGGACAACUGGCAAUGAUGAGGAGGCACCUGCGUACAAGAUUAACUACACCAGGUGGUUGGUGUUCUGUCAUGUUCCUGCUUUUUGCGAUUCUCUGCCACAUUAUGAUACUACUCUGGUGUUUGGGAGGACCAUGCUGAGGGCUGUCUUCAAGUCGGUGUGCAGACAGCUGAUGGAUAAGUGUCACAGUGAGAGGGACAGGAUGUCUCCGGAUAAGAGGGUGCUGGUGCUCACACAUUUUCCGAAAUUUCUCUCGAUGCUGGAAGUCGAAAUCUACUCAGACUCCCCAAUCUGGGAUCCGGAGUUUAAACAGAUACCACCGCCCCAUCUCCACGUCUCCACGGACUCCAAGUCCCUUCUCACACGUCGUACUGGAGAAUUUGAGAAAGUCACAGUCCCACCGAAUGACUCAUCUACGUAUACAACAAUCAACAUAUCCCCAGGAAUUAAGAAGCUGACGGAGAAACGUCCACAUCCUGAGGGUCGUCCUGAGGCAAAACGUCGGCGAAUGGAGGAUCCCUUUGAGGAUUUACCUGAGGAUACAGUCUCUGAAAUAAUCGCGACAAUUAAUGAUCCUAACUACAUGUGUGGACCAGACGCAGUCUUCCCUCCUAAUGUACCACGAGAUGAGACGGCGAAGCUGGAGGAGAGCCGGAAGAUCAUUGAGUUUCACGUGAUUGGUAACAGCCUGACCCAACCAGUCUCCAAGCAAACGAUGCUCUGGUUGAUUGGCCUGCACAACGUCUUUAGUCACCAGUUACCCCGAAUGCCGAAGGAGUACAUCUCACAGUUAGUUUUUGAUCCAAAGCACAAAACCCUCGCUCUGAUAAAAGAUGGCCGACCAAUCGGAGGCAUUUGCUUCAGGAUGUUUGCAACUCAGGGCUUCACCGAAAUUGUUUUCUGCGCAGUGACAAGCCAGGAACAAGUCAAAGGCUAUGGCACCCAUCUCAUGAACAUGCUGAAGGAUUAUCAUAUAAAGAAUAACAUUCUUCACUUCCUGACAUUUGCUGAUGAAUUUGCAAUUGGCUAUUUCAAGAAACAGGGCUUCAGCAAGGACAUCAAACUUCCCCGGUUGAUGUAUCAGGGCUACAUCAAGGAUUAUGAGGGGGCUACGUUGAUGCAUUGCGAGCUCAAUGCAAAAAUUGUCUAUACAGAAUUUACAGCUGUUAUCAGGAAGCAGAAGGAGAUUGUUAAGAAGCUGAUUCAGCAGCGACAGCAGGAGAUACAGAAGGUUCAUCCUGGGCUGACGUGCUUCAAGGAGGGAGUCAGGGGAAUUCCAGUGGAGGCUAUUCCUGGAAUUAGGGAGACUGGGUGGAAGAGCUACGCACAGACUAGGACUAGGGGCGUUGCUAAGGGGACUCAGGGACCUGAACCCAUGGAGGCAUGUCUUGAUAUCACUGAUUCGUUGUAUAAUGCUCUGAAGAAUGUACUCAACAGUGUCAAGAAUCACAGCACUGCCUGGCCCUUCCUCAAGCCCGUGGACAAGAAUGUUGUGCCGGAUUAUUAUGAUCAUAUUAAAUAUCCAAUGGAUCUCAAAACAAUGACUGAUCGACUCAAGGCGAGGUACUACGUGGCCCGUCGCCUCUUCAUCGCCGAUAUGACGAGAAUAUUCACCAACUGUCGGGUCUACAACAGCCCCGACACUGAGUACUACAGAUGUGCCAAUGCCCUCGAAAAAUACUUCCGAACGCGAAUGAAGGAGAUCGGCCUAUGGGACAAAUAACCCGAAUUCCAGUUUUAGUUUUCCUUAAUGAUUAAACAAGUAUAUUUGUGAUCAGGAUUCCAAUAUUCGCUGUUUACGUAUCUAAGAAUAUUUAAUCUAUUCGAUAUAUAUUAGAUUGAUUUUAUUUUUAUCCUCGAAUUUUCGUGUCUCCAAAUGAGCUGUUGUCAUCAAGCACUUGAAAUAUCGUCGAUUUUUUUAAAAGCUGAUGGAGAGAGCUGUCUCCACUGUGUUAACAACUAUUUGAAUUUUACAACCCAGUUGAUUAUUUAAAAAUAAAAUGGAUAAUGUGCACGUAAUGAGUCGGUUAAAUGCCUGUUAUUUUUCUGGGUGUUUUUCAUUGACGAGAUAGUUUAGUUCUCAAUUGAGUCUUUAAUGUAAAUUAGUUUAAGAAAUUAUUUUCUCAAUUAUUUCUGAAUUUCGUAAUUUUUUAAUAGAGUAAUUUAAGUUUUGAAAAUUCAGGCAAUAACUUUUCUGAAUUUUUAAUGUAUUGAAAAUUGAAUGUGCUUCUGAAUAUGCAAUCUUUAACUGAACAAUCAAUCUAUCAAUGAUCAUUUUAGAUGAGAAGUCCAAUUAUCGUUUAAUGUCAUGAUUAGUCAGUAAUUCAGUGAACUGUGUCUAUUAAAAUUCAAUAAAGUCAACGUUGAAAAUUCAGAUGAAAUUGUGACUGAAAUUUCAGGAAAUUGUUAAAGAAUAAAAAUUGAAAAUUUAUUUAAA